GAGGCAGAGGGAUGCAGGGAAUGAUCCUGUGAUUGGAGCAGCGGCGCUGGGCGUGAAGGAGCAGCGUUCAGAAGAUGCAGUCAACUGAAUGAGAUGCGGCUGAGCUUCGAGGCACACUCCUGCAAAUGCGCAGCGCGUGAUUUAUCGUGUGUGUUUUACCGGUGGCCAGCGCGUCUUCUCUGCCGCCCGCUGUCGCGUUAAACACCGCCGCUGCUCUGAAGACCUGCCACCGUCAAAGCGAGCUUUCUCAUGUGAGCCACCCAUCGUCGCUGCUUUAUGUUCGUAGCACAUGACGGAGGACAUCAGAGCUGUGGCACCCGCGGUAGCUCGCGCUCAUCAUCCUCUUCAUCAUCGCUUCAAGCAUUCAUUCGUUUGCACGCCGUGUUACUCGAUGGACGUGUUAUCGCUGAUGUUUGGGAAAAUGCGUCAGUGCUGCCGCUCCCCUGCGGUUCGAUCUUGAGCGGCACAAACGUGUGACUGAUUCAAACCAUGGAGCCCAAACCCGACUGCUGCGCCUCAUCCGUGCCCAACUCUCAGUGCGAGCUGCAGCUCAACAUCUACGAGACCAUCAGCGAGGGGAACGUGAAUAAGCUGGAGAGCUCAGCGCUGGUGCGCGCCGGCAGCGACCCUAGCUCCUAUCCCUCCUCCAAACGCCAGAGGUUCAUCCGCAGGAGCCUGUGGUUCACCGAUAAUGACGAGCCCCAGGCCGACGACUGCAACCCGGAGUGCGAGGAGCAGAAUAAGAUGCUCAGCAUCAACCUGAGGACCAUUGUGGACCGAACUCUGGCCGUCCGAUCCGGUUUACAGGAGGGAUCGAGCACGGAGAGCCAGAAGGCCCAGAAAGAGCUGGAGAUCGGCAGUGCAGACGAGGAGCGAACGGAGCUCAGAGCGGACAGCGUGAAGACUCACGUAAAGGCGGCCAGCGAGGAGAACGAGGAGGAGGCUGAGAUGAAGGCCGUGGCCACCUCUCCCGGCGGACGCUUUCUCAAGUUUGACAUCGAGAUCGGCCGCGGCUCCUUCAAGACGGUCUACAAGGGCCUGGACACGGACACCUGGGUGGAGGUGGCCUGGUGUGAACUUCAGGACCGCAAGCUGACAAAGGUGGAGAGGCAGCGCUUUAAAGAGGAGGCUGAGAUGUUGAAGGGUCUCCAGCACCCAAACAUCGUGCGAUUCUAUGAUUUCUGGGAGUCUCCGCUGAAGGGGAAGAAGUGCAUCGUGCUGGUCACAGAGCUCAUGACGUCAGGCACGCUCAAAACGUAUCUGAAGCGCUUCAAGGUGAUGAAACCCAAAGUGUUGCGCAGCUGGUGUCGUCAGAUCCUCAAAGGCCUGCACUUCCUUCACACACGCACUCCUCCCAUCAUCCACCGGGACCUGAAGUGUGACAACAUCUUCAUCACGGGGCCCACGGGCAGCGUGAAGAUCGGAGACCUGGGUCUGGCCACCCUCAAAAGAGCCUCCUUCGCCAAGAGUGUGAUCGGUGAGACAGCAGUCCACUCAUAUCCAGGGGUGAAGCCUGCCAGUUAUAAUAAAGUGAUGGAUCCUGAGGUCAAAGAGAUCAUUGGCGAGUGUAUUUGUCAGAAUAAAGAGGAGCGUUACUCCAUCAAGGACCUGCUGAAUCACGCGUUCUUCGCGGAGGACACCGGCGUGAGGGUGGAGCUGGCCGAGGAGGACGACGGCUUGAAGACGUGCAUCGCACUGAAGCUGUGGGUGGAGGAUCCCCGCAAGCUGAAGGGCAAGUACAGGGACGGAGGAGCCAUCGAGUUCAGCUUCGACCUGGAGAAGGAGGUCCCUGAAGCCGUGGCGCAGGAGAUGGUUGAGUCUGGUUUCUUCCAUGAGAGCGAUGCAAAGAUAGUGGGCAAGUCUCUCCGUGACCGAGUGGCUCUGAUUAAGUGGCGCAGGGAAAGGACGGUGCCGAGGGCCUCACAGGCCGUGCCGGGCGAGACGGGGCCCGUCCUCUGUGAACCGCCCGGUCUGCUGGAGCCUGAAGAGCCAGAGGUGGAUCAGCAUGUCCACGUGUGUCCGCUCGGUGCCAGGACCACCUCCACCACAUCUGACAGCGGCAUCGGUUCGACUGUGUACUCGGACUACCACAGCAGUGGUCUGCACAGUGUCAUAUACCAGUCUUUACAGGAAUCUGUCUCCACAGCAAACCAGCAGGGUGCACAUCAUGAAAGCUCUUCUGUAAAUGAGUUAAUCCGUUUCCUGCUCCGACCCACAAGUCCUGCCUCCUUUCAAAUACCACAAGACCAAUCAGAGAUGACAGAAGACAGAUUGGAAAAUUCUCGCUCUGGAAAUUUUCUGCUCGCUCCUUCGCCUGUAACGACCCGCCGCUAUAGCGACACAUCAGUGGGGCCGUCCUCUGAGACAAAGGGGGAGGAGUCUAUCUCAAUGACAAGGCAGGGGCGUCGGCUUUCUUUAAACCCCACCCCUCACCAGCCACCGUCCCCGUGUCAGGUCUGCUUAUCCUUAUUUCUGCUUGGGACAUGUGCAGAUAGAAGACAUUCGCCCUGUUCUUUAUUUCCAAUUCCUCACGUCCCUGAUGUCCGCAGAGGCUCCUUCAGUGAGACCUCUGACCUCUCCCAGCUUAACAAAUCUCUGGAGAGCAUCACGGGCCACAGACAUCAGCCGGAGAGAGGGCAGUACCGGCCUGCCCGCAGCCACAGCGAUGAGGGGCACACCCUGGAGCCACCUCAUGAUGCACUGACCUCCCGUCGCAGAGCCAGUUUUUGUGCUGGCGAGCGCUGUCUGGCUGAUGCGUCUUCUGUUCUGAGAGUCCAAAGCCAGGCUGCACCUGAUGCAGCUCAACACAUGCAGACGUUCCCUCCUGUCUCCUCAGAGACCCCCACGCAGGCCGCCAGACAGAAUCUGUCCACUCCCCUGCCGCUGGCGCUUCUGCAGGGUGUCUCGAUCGCACCGCAAACCAUAGAUCAACAGCAGCUUGCACCUACAGGUCAGACUGCCGAGCUGAAAGCACAGGCCCACGUGCUCCAAACUGCAGCGUCGCAUCAGCCAUUCUCUGUGCCACAGAGUGCCGUGGGUCUGAGUUACCAUCCUGCCGGGGCAGAGCUAACAAAUGCACAGACAUUUCCACCUGUGCAGCUCACUGCAGUCGCAGCUGCACACAGUCUCCCAUCUAAAACAGAAGCAGCGCUGCCUGCAGAUCAGAGCUUUCAGAGCGGAGCCUCCAGCGUGCAGCAUAUCCCACCAGCAUCUGCACAGACUCGACAAACACCUGUGUUACACAAUUUGCAGCAAAUCACUGCGAAUGCCACAACAGAUGGGCAACUCCGAGACUUCUCAAACAUGCAGCAAACUGCUCAUGUGCAGCUGAGCCAGACAGGCCCUGCACCACCUGUCCCACAGGGAUGCCCAAUCCUGUUCCAGGAGAUCUACAGAAUUCAGCUCCAAUCCUGCCCCAACAGACAUCUGUAA